AUGGGCAGGAAAGGCAAGAUUAACGUUAAGGCUAAGGGCUUGAAAGGUUCUUUGAUAAGGUACCAGACAACAGAAAAGUUACACUCGAAAUUAAAGCAAAAACAUGAGCAUCUACAGAAAAAAGAGAAGUCUAUAAAAAAUUCUGGUGGGAGUAAGAAUGGCAAAAAGCCGUUGAAAUCGAAGUUCAUACCAUUCGAUAAGGAUUCAACCCUUUUGCUGAUUGGUGAAGGAGAUUUUUCAUACGCCAGAAGUAUUAUAGAAGAGGAAUACAUAAUGCCUGAAAAUUUGAUAGUUACCAGUUUUGAGAAGGAUUUAGAGCAGCUUGUAAACAAGUAUCCUACCACUGGUGAUGAUAACUAUAAAUUCUUAUUAUCUGUUGGUACCAAGGUUUUUUUUAAUGUUGAUGCGACUAAUCUAAUAAAAAGUUUAAACCUUUCUGAAAGGACGCCAUGGGCCAAAUUAUUAGGACGUGAGUGGGAUUUAAAGCCAUUGAAUAAUAUCAUGUUUAACUUUCCACACGGAGGCUACAAGAUUAAGGAUCAGCUGCGCAAUAUAAUGAUGCAUCAGAAUCUGGUGUUCAAAUACUUCAUUAAUUGCCAGCAGCUGCUCUCUUUGGUUAAUAAAUCUGUCAGCGCAAAGUCCAAUCGGUGUAUGGCAGGGUACGAUUUAGAGAGGGAGUCUGAGCGGCGGACGGCCAGAAACAUUAUUUUGGCAUUAUUUUCAGGAGAGCCAUACGAUUCUUGGGAAAUCAAAAGACUUGCAAGAAAGGCUGGACUCCGGUUGGAAAGGUCCAAUAAAUUUGAAUGGGAAAAUUAUCCAAGAUACCAUCACAGAAGGACAAAUGGUGAAAAUGAUACAACCAAGCCCGCUGCUGAGAGAGAUGCUAGGAUUUAUAUUUUUGAAGAGUUUAUCGAGGACGAAGAAUCCCAGUCUUGA